AAAUAUACAUUGGUUUGGAAAUUCUUUCAACAAUGACGAUUACCAUAUUAAGUAAGCAAACCCCUGAGACAGGUUCAUUAUUUGUUAACAAGACACUCCUCUGUCAGAAUAACCUCAGCAACAUAAUUGAUUAUUGGUACGAGCCGCGGUUUCGUUCAAACCAAAGUUCUCCUAAAUUAGUCGCCAAACAAAAUAUGCGUAGCCAGCCAGUUAAUUGCAGAGUCUUGUUUGGAACCGUCAAUAAAGUCGCCAUUUACUAA